AUGUCUCGUUUCAAAGGAAAGCACCAAACAUUUCGACCUCAAAAGCCUUAUUGGCUCAAGCCUCCCAAGACGCCUUUACAAAAGGCGCAUUUUCAACGUAUGCUUGCAGCCGUCAUCGCAAACACCCGCCGUGCACCUCCGAUUCCCCAUGAUAUGGCUAAUUACGGCGAUGGUGAUCUAGAGCCUCUCCUACCUGAAGAAAUAGCCGAUCACCUUCCACAUCCCGAUUUCAUCGACGAGAUAUAUCAAGAACGAAUCGAAGAAGAGCGACGACAACACAAUCUCCUCUUGGAACAGUCAUCACAAGAGAUGUUCAAUGCCUACAUCGAAUGUCAUCUCAAGACUUCCGAAUGGGGAAAUCCAGCGUUUUGGGACUUUGAUUACAAGCCGGCAUGUAACUGCCCACCUAGUCAAUGGCGUGAACGAAAUAUUGAUCUCAUAGACAUUUUAUUCAGACGCAAGGCUAGGUACCCUGUGACAGCUUUUUCUAUACGGCUCCUCCGAUUCUACCAUGUUGUAUGGAAAUAUUGUACCACACGUGUAGGCCCAUUUGCUCGCGGCCUGGACGAGUUUCUUGACGUGUUUAAUCCGCUCAUGCUCACAAAGAGUGAUUGGCCUCGCGAAUGGCAUACACCUCUGUCUUGGGUAAUAGACACCUAUCAAAUGAUGCUCACAAUGACCGAAACCGCGCUCGAUGCUGAACUCCAACUUACCACACAGGACAAGUUAGCCGAGAACUGCCCUUGGUGUUUUGGCCCUCCUGUCAAGAGUGGGCUGAUCUUAUCGGAGCCCGACAUCAUCGUUUGCCUUGAUGGAAAUUUCCAACAUCGAAGGCAUAUAAGUGCCGGAACCAAAGCAGCCAAAACGGCAACAAAGAUGCCAAAACUUUUCAUUCCGGAUCAGCAAGUCACCGAAAUGGAACAACGACUAUCUGGUCUUUCCGACGAUGACUUUGUAUAA